UAAAGAUAAGAAAACAGAGUGGUGGUGGUGGUGGUGGAUGAGAGUGGAUGAACUUCAGCCUGAUGGAGUGGGUGGAGAGGGCAGCGGAGUGGUGUUGCUGGUGUCCGCGGGGUUUGUGUCGCUACUCCAAGCCCUCAGGUGAGAUGCCCCGGAACCACCGCGCCCAAAGUGGCCUCGCCUGUCUUGCUACAAGCGGACCUGUCGUGCACGCCCCUAGUGGACAGCUCGGAGGAGGAGGGGCAUGGAUUUGGUACUCUUUGACACGCGGGUGGACUACGAGACGACCCGCUCCCGCUCUCACACGACCCUCAGCGCUUCGCCACGCCUCCAGGACCUGCGGCAGGGAGCUCCUAGAGGCGUGCGAGAGGGAGGGCGAGCCGGCGCACACUUGCUAUGAAAUGGACGUUGAAUUGGAGUCCCCACAUGCAGGUGAAGAACAAGGGAGUGAGAAAUUGCGUCUCGGGAGUCACCAGGACCUCCAAGCGCCGCGGUACCCCAGGAAGUCUUCCGUCAGUACUAUGUUCAGGGCCCUCAAGUGCAUCGAAGGGGAAGAACUGGCGCAGGAGGACGUGGCAAUCGAUGCCCCUUGAAGUACCCCGCCUCCCGCGCCCCACUCACCGCCCUCCGUCAGGGUACGCCUCUCUCACCCGGGGAACUAUCGACUACUGAACUUUGCUAUACUGAGGGUGUGUCUCUCCUGUAGAUACGGCUCUUCUAAAGGAGGGUUUUAUUAUCUAUUUAUUUAUUGGAGAUAGAGAGAGAGAGAGAGGCAGACAAAUAAACAAACGGACGCUCAGAAAUAAUCUAAUCUAACCUAAUCUAACCUAAUCUAACCUAAUCUAACGUAACGUAACCUAAAAUCACCAGCUUACCUCAAUAAAUAUCGUAAAUAAUGGAACAAAAUAUACAAGUAUAUUAUAAAAUAAAAACAAUAAGAAAUAAAUUAAUGUAUAAAUAAGCUAAUGAAUAUAUGAAUAGAGAAAAUAAUCAAAUAGAUGAAAGAAUUUUUGUAUUUGUUACC